AACAUUCUGCACCAAGAAGUGCUGCCACGUUAUCAUUGCUUCAUCCCUCGCCGCAUGUGGCCAAAGUACGAGGAUGCACAAAGACAAUGAACAGAAGGUCCGGAAAGUGAAGAAGCCUCCGUGGAAUGUGACUGGCCACUACAAUGACCCCAACGACGUGGUUGGUCGCGUGCGGACGGUCAUCAGGAGUGCCAAGUUCCAUCAGCAGAUGUUGCAGGAGGGCAAAGAGCUCGAGAACCCCAGCGAUGAGAUGUGCCAAGUGACGGCCAGGGCGGGCGACCACCGGGCCAGCCUUCAUGCGUGACAAGGCUGGCGAGAUGAAGUUCUGGAAAACCAUCUUUGACAGAUACGAUUCCGACAAGUCCAACACAUUGGACUUUGAAGAGAUCACGGCAGUGGUGAGGAAUGACCUGAAGAUUGCUGAGCGCACUCUGACGAAGGUGGAGUUGAGGGAGUUCUACUCGCAACUGGAUCAGAACAAAGAUCAAGUGGUUGAUUGGCAUGAGUGGCUGGCCUUUGUCUCGCAAGGAAAGCUGAAGGAUAACCGGCCCAUUGAUCAGGUGAUGAAGGAGGUGGGCCAAGCCUUGCGUGUGGGUCUCCGACGCAUUGGUGUGUCACCGGUGCAGGCGGAGGAGUUUGUGCGAAGCCUACCCGAGGCAAGUGAAACCAUUGAUCAACCUGGCUUCUUCCGACUUUUCCGGAGGGGCUUGAAGAUCGACCGAAACGAUUGCCCAGAUGACAACCUGAAGCGCACCUUUGCAAGCAUUGGGGAUGAGGAACAGUACGUGCUGCUGCAGCCAAUCCUGGACUUUAUCAAAAUCUCCUGUUUGGCCAAGACAAAGAAAGAGAUUGGACUGGAGCCGACUUUCCCGGGGCUCAUUGGCGGCAUGCAGGGUAAUUUGCCAGCGCGAAUGCCUCGAAACCGACCUGGUACCUUUCCGCUGGGUGGGACAGUGAGUGGUCCCACCUGGGGGUCCUUUGCGUUGAACGGUCGGCGUUUGCCGCCCAGCUCCAGGUUAGCCGUUGACAUGAGACCCGGCGAGCGGCAACGGCAGCGGCUGCGGCCUUCGAUCUCUUGUCCCGACAUCCACAGCAAUACCGGCAAAGACGGUAACCCGAACCUCUCGGAAAAGACCCUGGCUUUGCUUGAGGCGGCGAUGGAGGAGGACUCGGUGGCGCCCGCUCCGCCUGCAUCACCCUUACCGACCUCGACUCGAGGCCUGGACCGAGGGAAAUUUGCCUCCAACAACACUCGGGUUGAAGUGCCAGAGGAUCGGCCAGUGUCCCCUGGUGGGAAAGCGUUUGCCGACGCCAUUGAUGCGGCGAAUGCUGUCAAGGACCAAGUGACGCUGGACCCCUUUGCCAUUUUCCUCAAGGUCAAUGCCAGCGCACAAGUGGACCCAAGGAAGUCACCCAAAAAGAAACCUGCCAGGGAGGCGCCUCCGGAGAGCUAUCGGGUGAUUGUGGGAAAGGAUGCAUUGAACCGCGUGGAGCAGCAACUGCUCGAGGCUGGCGUGGAUAUGCGCGGGGCCUAUCAUCACACGGGCAGGACUUGAGCUUUCAGGGGCAUGUCUCCAUGCUGCUUCUUCAGUUUUCGAUUCUGC